AUGGUUGCCCGCCAGACCAGUCGCCUCGUCCGCUCCAGUGCCCAGCGUAGAGCUAUUUCAAGCCUCGUGAACAAGAAGAGCCACGUCCCGGAUGACCAGCACCUGUUCUUGACGUCCAAGGAUCCAACAUACGUCAAGCGCCCGUCCGACCGGCUCCUUCUCACGGGAAUGUUCCUCGGCAUGGGGCUGGGAUUCGCCCAGAGUAUCCGUGGCGAGAUUUCGAUGGCCACAGGCACCGGCAAGAAAGAGUAA